AUGGCGGCGGCGGCCGCUGCGCUGCAAUCGGAGCGGGACGCGGCCGGCGAGCGAGCGGACGCGAACGCCGCAGAGGCGUCCCGGCUGUCGCAGCUCCUGCAGGAGACCCAGCAGGCGCAGCAGCAGCAGCAGGCACAGCAGAAGCAGGCGCAGCAGCCGACCCCCUCGCAGCAGGAGCAGCGCGCCCAGAGAUCGGGAGAGAACGGCGCCGGCUCUAGAAUUGCCUCACCGGCACGCACUAGGCCCGCCGGUGCCAGCGGUAGCCCUGCCCCUGAGACGUCCGCCCCCUCGGCGGCCCUGGCAGCCGCCUCGCCCGCAGCCAUCGCUGACGCAAGGGAUGGCGCGGGCAGUGCCGGGGACAGCGCUCAAGAGGCGGGCGGCGGGGACCCUGCCCAGGCGUGGCAGGCGUACGUGGACCGCUACCUGCUGACUGACCUGGGCCCCGGCGUCCCCCGCCUCCGCCAUGCCGCCAUCGUCGGCGCCAGCAGCGGCGUGUGGGCCUCCGACCCGGCGUUCCCGGCCAUCACGCCGCCAGAGGCGCGCGCGGUCGAGGCGCUGCUCGCGGCGGCGGCGGCGGAAGCCGGCGGCCGGCCGGCCGCGACAGGCAAGGCGCCCGGCGGCGGUGGCGGCGGUCCUUUUGGGGGGCUUCAGUUGCUGGGCGCAUCCAAGGCGGCGGCGUCCAAGGCGGACGGCGAGCCACCCUCGGAAAUCACGAUCGCCGGCAAGCCGUACGAGGUCGUGUCGCGCAGCGGCGGCGGCGGCAAGGACGUCGCCAGCGGCAGUGGCGGGGGCGGCUCACUGCUGUGUCGCGCCAAGGGGGGUUUCAUGGGGAUGGGUGCGCAGGGCGGCCUGGCGAUCGCGGCCACAGGCGGCCGCGGCGGGGCGGGAGACACCGUGUUCGUGGUCGGGGCGUGGGAGCGCGCGGCGUCGGGGGCGGAGGAGGGCGUGUACGCCGAGGCGGUGGCCCGGCUCGCCGCGGCGCUGGCUGCCUACGGGUACUGA